AUGAAAAACAGGAGCUUGGAAUAUCUAAGCCUACGGCCAAUAACCUACGAGUCUGCCCAGCGCCGAGAAAAGGACGAGGUUGAAGAGUUCUUUACCAAGAUUACUGGGCGAUUGACUAAAUUGAAAGAAUUAGUAGAUGGGGUUGAGAAAGAGUGUGUUCUUUAUUGCAUUCCCAGUUUCAAAAGCAAGAUCGAAAUUGUUAAGCGAAUUGAAGCGUACCGCUAUAAGAUUGCUGUCGCUCUAACUAAAGCCAAAGGCGUUAUGGAGCAGUUCUCAGAGAAGUACCAGAAGUCAAUCAAUGCCGGGCUGGUUGAAUCAAUGGGCGUACACUUUCACUUCAAACUCGAUGGUCUCAUUACCCGUAUGAACGAAGCCUUACAGAAGAUAGAGGAAAAACGUGAAGGUCUAGCUGGUACUGAAAGUGAUCCUUUAUUUUCCGAGAGUAGUUCCUCAGUUGAAGGCGUAUACAAAUCCGUCUAUUUUAUCUCAACUCUAAUUCGCGAACUCAAAACCGUCGUCCUAUCGCAAUCAGAAAAGAUAGAAAGACUAGACAUUGCCAUGGACCGAGUAACCUACAGUGCUGAAAAGUCCAGCAAGGAGAUAGCUUCCCUCUCAGCCUUUGGCUCACAUAUCAAAAACCGAAUCAUUACAGUGCUUUUCUGCUCGAUCUUUGUUCUUAUUGUUCUCUCAGCCAUCAAAGCUUCACGCGGAUAA